CGCGUCAGGUGACGUCACUUCCCCGCGACGAGGCCGGCCACCAAAACAAGCGUGCAAUGUAAUGGAGCGUUGUUAAAAAAUAAGCUUCGUAAGAUGAUAAAAUGCCGAUCUGCUGGCUUAUCAGUGAGGAGGGUAAUCACAAACCCAUCCACCUGCCUCAUUUACAGACAGUCGUCGUGGGCAGAGGGCCGGAAACGACGAUCAAAGACAAAAAAUGCUCUCGACAGCAAGUUGAACUCAAAGCAGAAUGCAACAAAGGCUAUGUCAAGGUUAAACAGCUGGGCUUAAACCCCACCUCUGUAGACUCUGUGGUGGUGGGUAAAGACAAUGAGGUGAAAAUCAAGCCUGGACAGCAGCUUCACAUUGUCAAUCAUCUUUACCCAUAUACUGUUCAGUUCAAAGCGGACCCCACAGGUAACCACAGCAGCACAAAAAGGCCACGAGAGCUUACUCCAGAAGACAGCAAGAGCCAAGGAGAGGCUCAGAAGAUGAAAGCAACCAAACAGACAGAAAAGGUCUCCGUGCCAGUCAGCCAUGGAGAAACCACUAAAACUAGUGAAGGUGCUGGGCAUUGGAGCCAAGGCCUGAAGACUUCGAUGCAAGACCCCAAGAUGCAGAUAUACAAGGAUGAUAAAGUGGUAGUAAUUAAAGAUAAAUACCCUAAAGCUCGCCACCACUGGCUCGUCCUCCCAUGGCAAUCGAUUCCCAGUCUGAAGGCUUUGCGCAAGGAGGACUGUGAUCUGGUGAAACACAUGCAGCAAGUGGCCGACCGAAUGGUUGAGCAGUGUCCAGAUUCUAGCUCGCUACGCUUCCGCACAGGCUACCAUGCCAUCCCAAGCAUGAGUCAUGUUCAUCUCCACGUGAUCAGCCAAGACUUUGACUCUCCUUGUUUAAAGAACAAAAAGCAUUGGAACUCAUUUACAACCGACUACUUCGUUGAUUCCCGUGAGGUCAUUCAGAUGCUUGAAACACAUGGAAAGGUCAUGGUAAAAGAAGGCACCGCUGAGUUGUUGAAACUACCACUCCGCUGCCACGUGUGUUUCAAAGAGCUUCCGACUAUACCAGCUCUGAAGUUGCACCUGGCGUCUCAUUUUCCCAGAUAACAGUGGGAGCUUGACCAAAUGCCAGUGCUUCCGAUUACAGUUUUGUAAAGUGUUCAUUUCAUUCACUACUUUAUGUGUGUAUUAAGUUUAGACACAGGACAUUCAGCUAAGUCUUUCUGUUCACGAGAAAAGUCAGUGUGCUAGACUGACUCAUUCACCGUUAUUGAAUUUUCAUUUGUUUACAUUUUCAAAUUUCAACAUGUUUAAAUAAUGUUGCAAUAAAUGUUUUCUAAGAAUGAA